AUGGAUGAUGACGCUGAGGAAGAUGAGAGCUAUAUUAAAAAACAAAUCAAGCGCUUUUUCUUCGGGACGCCUGAAGACUGUAAACCUUUGAAGAUUACUCUUGGCUUUCCAGUAGGCCUCGCUAUCGGCUUUGUGUUCCACCUCCUUCUGAUAGAACCAAUGCGAAUACCGACAUCCAUCCGACGGACUUUAGGAACAGGACUAGGAUUUCUGUUGGCAGCCGGUUUUUCUCUCUCUGUCCAGGUUAGAUGCAUGAUUUGUCUUCUCAUUCCAGUGUUCUUUAGUAAGGAGGGCCGGGCUUAUGUGUCCACAUUCGCCAUCUCUCUGCUUAUUUCGGGGCCUGUGUCGAACAUCAUAAGCAAUGCAAGGGAGACUACUCGCUCCUUAAGUUGCUCCUUGGAGUUGUUGGAGAAUCAUACCAGGGCCAAAACGGAGCUGCAGAUGCAACCUCUGCAAAACUUGGUCACUGAGCUCCAGAAGGACGGGUUUCUGCUGCACGAAACAAUGGCGAGCAUCGACAAAGCAUUUCAGCCCGUUCGUAAAGAGCUCACGGAUGGGACAGAAGUGAAGAAACUGCGGGAAAACACGGACGCCGUGGACGCAACCCAGAGUGGAAGUUCGCGGAGUCAUGAGAUCGACAGCCGAUACAAGGGACUCAAGAGCGCGCCGAAGGCGGAGAAAGCUGAGAAAAGCUACGAAAAAAAGCUAGACUUUCGAUGCGAGGACGUGUUUUCCGUGGGUGUGAAGCGCUGUGAAAAAGAAUUCAUGGACAUGGAGGACAAAUGCCUGGAUGAACUUCCUGUUGUUGGCUACAUACUGUGCUUGCCACUGAAGUUAUCAAUAAUUUGUCAGCUUAUUCGACUCGUGCCGGGCAUAAUCGGGUUAGACUGUGAAUCCGUCAAUGUCGUCGAUCCAGGCAUCGGUGAGACAUUUGUCUCCACUGACGAAACUCUCAAAGAUUUCGACAGUAACUUUCAAGUGAAAAUGAAAUACAAGUAGAGCACUCAAAAGAAGGUCGAUGUUGUGACAGCCAAAGAAGUGGCCAUGGGCAUCGAACGUGAAUUUUCCUCGCGUGAAGUGCUGGUCAAUUAUUUUCUAAACAUGUUACAGCUUCUUCUUGGAUUUGCUUUUAUUCUCCUGUUCAAGCAAGCAUACUCGUACACGAAAGGGUACAUCAGUGAUUUCCGCUAUGACAACAUUUACAUCACGUCUUACUUCAAGAAAAUAGACGCCCGAAGAGACGAGUUGGGCAAGUCUACUUUGUUGCCGCUAAAAAAAAUGGAGGCAAUAAAGAUCGUGGAACCCACGUCAGUCAAACUACGGUCGGCUGAGAAAUCAAAGAUCAUUAAAGGCACUAUUAGGCUCUUGAUUAACGUGUUUGUCAUCUCCAUGGUGAUUUUGGUGGAUAAAUUGUUGUUCGGCGUCCUCGACAUCAUACAAAGAAACAGUUUUAUAGCGUACAGACAGACCGGCCGACACGACGUGGACGUCAAGGUCUUCGGCAGUGGCUUCGUUGCUUCUAUUGUUCGCAGCAUCCUGAAAGGAUUCGAAUCAAGACACAGCAUCGACAACUUUAGCACAAACUUCAACUGCUUGCCAAAACCAAUUACAUUAAGUACGAGCAAGAUAGUAACAAUUUAUGGCAUCUACUUGCUCAUUUGGGUGCUGUUGCUACUGGAGGCGUACGGGCUGCGUUUCCGAAGAGUCAUUUGCUCAUUUUUCUUCCGAAAGCGAGAGAAAGCGAGAGUUUUGUUCCUUUACAACGACACGCUAAAGCGUAGAAAGAGCUACCUCGUUCACGCCAGAAGACAAGUGCGAAAGAAAGCUCGGAAAGCGAAGCUAGUUUUAGAAUUAGGUUUUCUACCCAAACUGCGUGAAAUGUGGCCCCGUUUCUUCGGAUGGCUUAGAAAUUUUGAUUUCGCCAAGGAGAAAUGUUUAAUUUGCGGUGACGUGGAAGACGAAUCUUUUUAUCGCUGCGAAUCAGAGGGUUGUCGGUUUGGAUAUUGUGGUGACUGCUGCGAAGACAUUGAGGGUAAAUGUUACGCCUGCACCCCACCAGAGAAAUGGGAACCCGACUCCGGAGAAUCGUCGGAUUCGGGCAGUGAAUCUGACUGA